UAUAAAGACGCAGGGCGUCCCGUCGACUUCAGCCAUCAUUCAUCACGCACCUCCUCUGUUUCUCCUACAACCAGAAUUAUCUUGUUUCAGGAUUUGUCCACGAGCCUAUUGCCUCCUUUCUUCUCUUGACCAUCUUCCCACCUCCGAAAUUCAGCAUGAAGUUCCUCGCCUCCCUCGCCUUGUUGGCGUCCACCGUGGCCGCCGGUCCCAUUGCUUACCCUCGCGCGGACAGCAACUCCACCUCAACCUUCCACCUCAAGACGUCCGGUGCUUCCAAUAAGGAUCACAACAAUCUCUACGUCUACGCCUACCACACGGGUGCUGGAUUCAACGAUGCUGUGCUCACGUCAGAUGUUGGAACGGCCAGCCCGGCGUUCUUGAACGGCACGCACACGCAGUUUGACCUUGGCACCCCCUUCCCCUGGGGAUUCAAGAUGGGAGUCCAGAACAACUAUGCAGCCUGGGAGUCAGUCCAGAUCAACACAGGAUACGGCGACCAAGAUUUCUCCAUCAGUGGCACCGACUUCGAGUGGUCGGAAGCGAAUGGCUUUGGAGGCUGGCUGGUGUGUGAUUGGUACCACAACGCACCCCAGCUGUUCUACAUCUCCAGCUACUACCAGCCCGACAUCCCUUCUUCUUGCAGCAAGGUCGACCUGACGGCCGAAUACAUUUCUUGAGAACGAUGCUCAACCUUCGCCACUGGCCCUGAGAAGGGCUCUAUGACGCGCGUGGCGUGAAUGAUGAUUCAUAUGACCUGAGGGACCUGGGAGGAUACGCGCCUCUCCCAGUCCGACCGAGAUUGGACCCUGUAUCAAUACGCCUGUGAAAUGACCGACUCUAAUAAUAC